UCCCGGCGUGCACCGCGCCCUGGUUGCUGCCUGACACUGUCAUUGUGGAGGAAGUUUGGCUGCCUGGAGCCCACACUUUGCUGGUAUGCCACUGCUAAUCGGCAGCCAGAGGCUGGAUGUCAGUCUGUCAGCUGCCAGGAUUGUCCAGGUGCACCCUGAGCUGGAGGUGCGAGCCAAAGCAUUAACAAGCCAACCAAUCCAUACCUUUGGACCCAAGGGAUUUCUAUACGUUCAGCAGAGAGAAUUAGCUGUAACCACAUCUAAUGACAGUGCCAUUUCUAUACUUGGUUCUGAUGAUGCCACUACGUGCCACAUUGUAGUGCUAAGACACACAGGAAGUGAGGCCACGUGCUUAGCACAUUGUGAUGGGUCGGAUACGGAGAGCGAAGUGGCAGACAUUUUGUAUGCUGUCCAAUCCUUAUCUCAAAAUACUAAGGAAGGAAGGCUAGAAUUACACCUUAUUGGAGGGUUCAUUGAUAAAAGACGUCUGUCACAGAAGCUAUCAAGUCAGCUCCUUAAAGCCUUCGACAGACAGACAGAUGACAUCUAUCUAAUUACGUUUUGUGUUUCAGAAUUAAAUGACAAGGAGGAUAAAGGUAUCCAUCUUCCAAUAAUAUAUGGGAUAGCUGUAAAUGUUAAAACCGCAGAGAUCUUCAGGGCAAACUGCCAAGACAGACAUCCGGAUGAAGAUUUGAGAUCUGCUUACACUUUCACCGGAGGAACGAUGCUGAGUAUUUAUGAUCCAAAAAAAGAGCAAUUAAAGAUCGGACCUUAUUCCUGGAUACCUUUCCCAAACAUUGAUUUCUGGUUGGAGCAAGAGGAUGAACAGAUUCUUGAAUGUUUCUCUACGUCACCACUGGCAGAGCCACCACAUUUUGUUGCCCACAUUCGAUCAACCCUUCAUUUUCUUAAAGAAAAUCCACAACCAACAAAGUCCAUCUUUACAGAUCGAAAACCACGUGUGUACAGGAAACGGGUGGACGGGACCUGGGAGAGAGUGCUAACUGAGAUGGUUUAGUGGAAUUAGGGAUGUGGAUUCUAUGAUCACAGUGCCAAAACUGCCAGUUACUGUACUUAUUUUUUAUAUGGAACAUUAUGAUAAUGUUUCUGUGGCACAUAAUCAUAAUUCUGAACAGACUGGGACCAUUUAAGGGCUGAUUUAUCUUGUAUAUGCAAGACUUGUUAUCCAUUUGUAUUUCAGAUCCUUUCACAAUGCACAUUCUUUAUUUUCCAUAUGUGUGAAUACCACUUGUAAAAACACAUGCCAUUGGACCAUGGUGCUUUCAUUCUAUGCAAUUCCUUUAAUAUGAGGGCCAAGAUUGUAAUGAAAACAUUUGAGGGCUAGAAGUGUGCGAGACACAUUGCAAAACAUGGCGUUCGCACACCAAUGUUGGUUUUAGGGUUAAGAGACAUCCUCUAGCCUAUGUACAUGGACUUGUUUAUAUUACUGUUUGCAUUGUUUUAGACCAAUUGUCCGUCUGGAUUUUAUGGUGACCUCAAUAACAAAAAAUUCUGAAAACAC